AUGACGACCGCCGCACCUUUCUCCGGUGCAAUCGGAAAUUCCAGAUGGUCACUUGCCGGAAUGACUGCCGUCGUCACCGGUGGUACACUUGGGAUCGGCUAUGCUGUGGUGGAGGAACUGGCGGAGUUAGGAGCACAAGUGUACACCUGCUCACGUAAUGAAUCUGUACUUAACCAACGCUUACAAGAAUGGUCCGACAAGGGUUUUAAGGUCACUGGAUCCGUCUGCGACUUAUCUUCUCGUCCCCAACGAGAACAGUUUGUGGAAAAAGUCACAACACUUUUCGGUGGCAAACUCAACAUCCUAAUCAACAAUGUUGGGACAAAUAUAUUUAAAACUACGUUAGAGUUUACCCCAGAAGAGUAUUCCAUGAUCAUGGCUACCAAUUUGGAAUCUUGUUACCAUAUGUGUCAACUUACACAUCCUCUUUUAAAAGCUUCUGGAGGUGGAAACAUUGUGUUCAUUUCAUCUGUUGCAGGUCUUGUUCACGUUUCUGUUGGGUCUAUUUACAGUGCCACCAAAGGUGCAAUGAAUCAGCUUGCAAAGAAUUUAGCAUGUGAAUGGGGUAAAGAUGACAUUAGGGCUAAUUGUGUAGCACCAUGGGUCACGAAAACCCCACUCGCCGAGCAUCUUCUUGAAAGCGAGGAGUUUCUGGAAGCUGUGGCAUCUAGAACUCCUCUGAAACGCGUUGCAGAAGCAAAUGAAGUUUCAUCUCUCGUAGCGUUCCUUUGUAUGCCUGCUGCUUCUUACAUCACUGGCCAAACCAUUGCUGUUGAUGGUGGAUUUACAGUCAAUGGAUUCUCGUGA